CACAAGAGUCAUGAUAAUUUUGGCUCUAGAAAAAAAAUUAAUAAUAUCGUAACAUUAUGUGUAACGAAUAAAGUGUUAAUACCGAAUAACGAAAGAAAAUUAUUAUAAACAAUCGGUAUAUCGGUUGUGAAAGAAAAAAAACGUCACACACGGGGUUAAUUACGAGAAAGUUUUAUUACAUUAUUUGACCGAUCAAGAUGGUAUUUGAUACUGUAAAUUCAUCUGUAUUGAAAGUUAUUGAACCAUACAGAAGAUGGAUAAUAGAAAAUCCUCAAUUAUUGGCAGAUGUGGAAAACACAGUACAAUGUUUAUCUUAUUUUACAGCUGGUCAAUUUAAUAAUUCUACAUUUGUAUCGGAGCUUCUUUAUUCUUUAUCAAACUUAAUUGUACUUUUUAACGAUUUGUUAAUGUGUAGCGGAAAGUGUAUGCGUUUAAAAUUUCCGCAAUUUGAAUCUAAAAUUAAAAUUUGGUUGACUGUGGUAGAAUAUACGGAGACUUUAUUUGAAAUCUCUGCUAAAAAAUUAUGGGGACAAACUGGCAAGUGGUAUAUAAUCACUAUUAUACAAAUAUUUAAGACUGUCUUGAGGCUUUUGUUAGUUCACUUGUACAAAGAACGGAUAACAAAAAGUCCUCCUAUUCAACCACUCAACAGAGGAAAGUUAAACGAGUCUGAUGAUGAUAAACUGAAAGAAGGAUUUAAGUUGAAACGAUGCGGUACUGUUGUCAGAAGUAUAAGGGGCACAAAUAAUGCACCUAUGCGUAUAUGGGAACCUUUAUCUUCUACCAUUAGCGAUAAUGAUAAUUUGAAUUGUUCAUCUGCAUCAGAAAAGAAUUUACUUUUGGCAGAGAGUCUUUACAUUGUGAAACCAUUACUUCAUUUAGGAUGUAUAUCUCUUACCGGAGAAAAACAAUGGCUACCAUGGUUAUUGUCAUUUGCCAUUGAUUCGCUUAGUUUAAAAAUAUUUAGCAACGAAGCACAAAAUAUGUUGUUCAGUAAAGAGGAAGAGAAAGAGAUUUUUAGAAGAAGACUUGCUUUGCUUCUUUAUAUACUGAAGUCACCAUUUUAUGACAGAUAUAGUUGUAUUAGGAUAUAUGCGAUUCUCACUGCUUUGUCCAAUAAAGUGCCUUUAGCUAAAUUUGUAACAGAAAGGAUAAAAACAUAUCUACCACAUUGGCAAAGCACAUACUUUUACACGUGGUCAAGCUAGUUUAUAUAAGAUUAGCGAAUAUUUUAUAAAACUAAAAUUAUUAGUACAAAAUAUUAUUUCAGGGUGGGAUUAUAAAUAAUAAUAGGUAAUUAGAAAUAUAAGAAAUAGGUGUAACUUGAAGAAUUGAUUCGUUACAGAUGUUUAUUUAUUACAGGUGAAGGUAAUAAAAAAACACGUAAUUCUUAUACUUUAAUUAAGCAUUUAGGAAUAUAUUUAUUAUAUUACUGAUAUAUCUUAU